AGUCGUACAGCAACAUUUAAAUUGAAAUGUCUUAUUUCUGCAGCGGUGAAAAGACUGAGGGAGGCGGCGAACAGCAACGACAUCGACACAGUUCGAAAGCUCCUGCAGGAUGACAUCAACCCCUGUGCUGCAGACGACAAGGGAAGGACGGCGCUGCAUUUCUCUUCCUGCAACGGCAACGAGGGCAUCGUGCAAUUGUUACUGAGUCACGGCGCUGACCCCAACCAGCGAGACAGUCUGGGAAAUACCCCCCUCCAUCUGGCGGCCUGCACCAACCACGUGCCUGUAAUCACCACGCUGCUGAGAGGAGGAGCUCGUGUGGACGCCCUGGACCGAGCAGGAAGGACCCCGAUGCAUCUCGCUCGCUCUAAGCUCAACAUCCUGCAGGAGGGAGACUCGCGCAGCUUAGAGACGCUGAGAGGAGAAGUCACACAGAUUAUUCAAAUGCUGAGGGAAUAUCUGAACUCGAUGGGGCAGAGCGAAGCUAAAGAGCGACUGGAACACAUUUCCACACAGCUGCUGCACACACGCACCAAAGAGCAGGUGGAUGAGGUGACCGAUUUGUUGGCGAGUUUCACGUCGCUCAGUCUACAGAAACAGAAUCUGGGUGACAGGUAGAAGUUAACGUGUUUAGAGAGCUGAAGAGCAGAAACUGCAGCGCUAGCCUCGACCCAGAUCAGCAAUAUGACAAUAAUAUGAAGGUGAAUAUCGAUCUGCAGUAGCAUGAGACGGUCACAUUUCAAAACCUCGUCGUGUGUGUGUGUGUGUGUGUGUGUGUGUGUGUGUGUGUGUGUGUGUGUGUGUGUGUGUGUGUGUGUGUGUGUGU